GGGGCCUGCGUGGGGUGAGGCCUAAGUGUGGGGCUGGGGCCUGAGUGUGGGGUUAAGGCCUGAGUGUGGGGCUGGGGCAUGGAGCAGCCCUGGCUCUGCUCAAGGAAUUGCCCCAGAGUUGUCUGUGGGCCUGGCUUGAGCCUCUGGCGGGCAACUGCAAGGCCUCAGGUGUCCCCCCCAAAAAAACCCCAGCCUGACCCAUGUCACCUCGCUCCCUUCCGCCUUACCACCUCAUUUUCCCCACUUCUAACAGCAUCCAAAGCCUGAGAAGAAAAUCUGACAGCGUCCAAAGCAGCUUCCAGCUUCACUGCGGCGUGGCGGCGCCAUGUUUGUCACCAAAGGGGCCUGGACGUUGGUGGCCUCAGGACAACUUCCUGCCCAUGUCCCUCCCGCCCCAGGCCCAUCCCUGGAGCCCUCCCUCCCCACCCACCGCCUCGACGCCUCCUCAUCCUCCCCACCUCAUCCCAGCCCUCACCGCUGCUCCGACUGCGGCAAAGCCUUCGCCUCCCGCUCCCGCCUGGCCGUCCACCGCCGCGUGCACACAGGCGAGCGCCCUUUCUGCUGCCCCCACUGCCCCAAACGUUUCAGCCAGAGCUCGGCCCUGGGUUUGCACCUCCGCCUGCACACCGGCGAACGCCCUCACGUCUGCCCCGACUGCGGCAAAGCCUUCGCCGUCUCCUCUCACCUGGCCGUUCACCGCCGCGUCCACACCGGAGAGCGGCCCUUCGCCUGCCCCCACUGCCCCAAACGAUUCAGCCAGAGCUCGGCCUUGGCCCUGCACCGCCGCCGGCACACGGGGGAAAGGCCUCACGCCUGCGUCGAUUGCGGCAAAGCCUUCGCCGUGGCCUCGCACCUCGCCGCUCAUCGUCGCAUCCACACUGGGGAGAAGCCGUUUCCUUGCCCGCGUUGUGGGAAGUGUUUCAGGCAACGCUCCGGACUCGUCACGCAUCAACGGGGACACAACGCUCGGAAACCCUACAAGUGCACCGAGUGCGGCAAAGCUUUCGGGCAGAGCUCGCACCUGAUGCGACACCUGGGCACCCACACGGGCGAGAAGCCCUACAAGUGCACUGCCUGCACCAAGAGCUUCACCCAAAACUCCAACCUGCUCCAGCACCAACGCACCCACACCGGUGAGAAACCCUACGAGUGCGGCGCCUGCGGCAAACGCUUCGGCUGGAGCUCCAACCUCAGCCAGCACCUCCGCCUUCACAGCGGCCAGAAACCAUUCCGGUGCACGCAGUGCGACAAAUGUUUCAGCGAGAGCUCCCGUCUGGUGGAACACCAACGCACCCACACUGGUGAGAAACCCUACCUGUGCCCCGACUGCCCCAAAACCUUCAGCCGUAGUUCCCACCUCGUCCGUCACCGCCGCCUCCACGCUGCUGAGCGGGGAGCCGGCCCUGCCUUGCCUGUGCAGCAGGGGCUCUGAGGGGGAAGGGAGGAGGAAGAAAGAUCUGUGGUGCGACCUACGGCCGCUGCAGCCCUUCUGUGGUGGCCCCUGGGGUUUGGCCUUGCGGGUGUUGGUCAUCAAGGCAAAGAUUUUGGGAAGAUCUGCGAUGAGGUCGGGGGAAUUUUUACGGCUUCUCCGUGGUGGCUACAGGCCCUGUUGGCAGCAUUCAUCAGCACAAAGACCUGUGAUGUGGCCAUGGGCUGCUUUCUGCAGCGGCCUUGGGGACACGUGCGACUCCAUCAACGCCUGUUGUUACGGGGAGCCGACGUGGGCAGGACUUUGUGAGGGGGGUCAGUGGCUACGGAGCCCUUCUGAGGUGGCCGUGGGAUGCAGAGCAGCCCUUUUGGUGGCCGUCCUCAACACAAAGACUUGGGAAGGGGCCAAUGGAAAAAAGAAUUGGCCCUGCUGGUGUCCCCAUUGGCUCUUGCAGAAGCCACCCGGGCCACCGGAGGUGACAUUGGGGCUAAACGUAGACACAGAGACUUGGGGAGGACCUGUGACGUGGCUGAUGGUUACUGCAGCCCUUCUGUUGCGGCCGUGUGCCUGCGAUCCGGCCCUGCUGACACCCGCAAUCUGCUGGGUGAGAGCCUCACGGGCGGGCAGUGGGGUAGGAGGGAUUCUGAAGGAAAACAGUUGCAUUAAUGGCACUAAACGAGUCCUUAAAA